AGUUAUGAAGUAACAAACUAAAAAAAAAAAACACACCGAAUUGAUAACCUCCUCCUUUGGAAAUCUUGAAGUCGGUUAAAAAUACAACUCGAUUGAAAAAAACUCAAAUUAUUGUUACACUAAUUCAUUCGGUUGCCCCUCAUUGGGCUCGAAUUUUGCCAAACAAAAGAAUCAUCAAAUUACACUUUUUUGGGAGCUUUCUCAAUGUUACAUUACGCUUCAGCAGCUUAGCAUGUCCAAAAGCAAUUGAUAUCGAUACCAUGACACAUAUUGUAAUUCCAUAAUAGUUUUGAUUCGACCUUUGUCUAUUGUCGCGGUCCGCGGCCUGCAGCCCCACUAGUUCUGUUCAGUGUUAAUAAUAUAAAAACCAGCGGCCACUGGUAUUGACAUCAAUCAGCGACCAACGUUGAAGUUAACAAGAGCAAAAUGUUCAGCAAAAUCAUAGCUUUCGGCGCCAUGGUCGCAGCCGCUUAUGCGGGUUUGAUCCCAGAAUACGGACACGCGGUGUCUUCCCAGAGCAUCGUGCACCACGGCGACUACGCGGCCCAUGGCUACGCACCCCAUGGCGACUACACCUACGGCCACCUCGCCGCACCCGCCCACUACGCCGCGCCUCUGGCCCACGCCGCGCCCCUUGCUCACUACGCCGCCCCCGUCGCCUACGGUCAUGGAUACGAGGGACAUGAGGGACAUGAUGAAUAUGCUCACCCCAAAUACGACUACGCGUACUCCGUGUCGGACCCGCACACCGGCGACCACAAGUCGCAGCACGAGUCCCGCGACGGCGACGCCGUGCACGGCUUCUACGAGCUGGUGCAGCCCGAUGGCUCCGUGCGCAAGGUCGAGUACACCGCCGAUGACCACAAUGGGUUCAACGCGGUCGUACACAACUCCGCCCCGUCCAUCCACCCCGAGCCCUACCACGGCCACCAUUACUAAGAAGAUCUCUCCUGUUUUAGUGUUGUUGUGAUGUCUUAAACAAAAUGAUGAACUUGUAAAUAAUAAUUUAUUAAAUAUUUUGUAUAACGAA